AGAGGGUGGAAACCCCACCAGCCGAGUCUGCAGGAAAAACUAAAUGAAGUCUGCCUAUCUCCGGGCCGGAGCCCCUCCCCUCGGGCCCGCCGCACGAGAGUGACACAGGUGCCACUUCCUCCCGGCUGUGGAGGGUCGGAGCGGGCGACCGCGACCCUCGCCACCGUCCCGCCGGUUCCCGCGGCCUCUCUCCGGGCCGCGCCCCGCACCGGCCGGCGAUGAGCAGCCACCAGGUCACGCCGCCGCCCCGCCACGGCUCUCCUGCCCCGUUCACAGAGCCCAACCCCGGGCUAGCCUCCAGUGAGACGGACAUCGCCAUCAUUGCAGGAGUGAUCGCGGCCGUGGCCUUCGUGCUGAUCUGCCUCCUCCUCCUCAUGCUGCACUACCUGUACCGGCACCAGGGCACCUACCACACCAACGAGGCCAAGGGCACCGAGUUUGCCGAGAGCGCAGACGCGGCCCUGCAGGACGACCCCUCCCUCCAGGACCACGGUGACAGCAGCAAGAAGGAGUACUUCAUCUGAGGGACUUGACCAGGACUCACAUCCCCCGGUGUCUCCUCCUCCUCCGACCCCAUCACCCGCCCCACCUUCAGCACCAGGCAGCCCGCGGGCACCCACCGCACCCCGAGACAUGCACCUCGCCUGGGACAUCGGGUGCCACCCAGGGGGUUGGGGAGGGAGGGAGGGAAGGAGGAAUGAGCCGGAAGGGCCUCUUCCGGGAACCCAAGGAUGUUCUGGCCACCCUGGACGCCAGUCCUGGCUCUGCGGGGGGAGGAGGUCUGGGUCCUCCCAGGCAGCACAUGUGGUCACCUGCAUGUGUGAAAGUCCUCGCUGGGUGUGAGCUGUGGGGGGGCCAAGGGGCAGGGGGGUGAGGAAGUGAGUCAUCAGGACGCCAACUGGGGAUAAUUGCAUCAAGUGUCCAUCCUUGUCAUCUGGGAGACAGCAGGUGCUGGAGCUAAAAGGCACCUUUGUCUCCCCCUGAUGGGACUCUGAGUGAUUGGAAAUAAAUCUGAAAUGUAAUGGA